CACCCGUUCCUCCCCGCAGUCCUUCCCCUCCACUCCGUUCCCCGUCUCUGCUCACGCAGGGAGCCCAGGAAGCCUCCGCCUCAGAGAUGCUACCGCUGCUGCUGCCCCUGCUGUGGGCAGGGGCCUUGGCUCAGGAGCGGAGAUUCCAGCUGGAGGGGCCAGAGUCACUGACGGUGCAGGAGGGUCUGUGCGUCCUCGUACCCUGCAGAUUGCCCACUCCCUCUUCAGCCUUGUACAAUGAUUAUGGCUACUGGUUCCUGGAAGGGGCUGAUGUUCCAGUGGCCACAAAUAACCCAAAUGAAGAAGUGCAGGAGGAGACCCGGGGCCGAUUCCACCUCCUCUGGGAUUACAGUAGGAAGAACUGCUCCCUGAGCAUCAGAGAUGCCCGGAGGAGGGACAAUGCUGCAUACUUCUUUCGGUUGAAGUCGAAAUGGAUGAAAUACGGUUAUACAUCUUCCAAGCUCUCUGUGCGUGUGAUGGCCCUGACCCAUAGGCCCAACAUCUCCAUCCCAGGGACCCUGGAGUCUGGCUGUUCCAGGACCCUGACCUGCUCUGUGCCCUGGGCCUGUGAGCAGGGGACGCCCCCCAUCUUCUCCUGGAUGUCAGCUGCCCCCACCUCUCUGGGCCCCAGGACCACCCAGUCCUCAGUGCUCACGAUCACCCCACGGCCCCAGGACCACAGCACCAACCUCACCUGUCAGGUGACGUUCCCUGGAGCCGGUGUGACCGUGGAGAGAACCAUCCAGCUCAAUGUCUCCUAUGCUCCACAGAAAGUGGCCGUCAGCAUCUUCCAAGGAAACAGCGCAGCCUUCAAAAUCCUGCAAAACACCUCGUCCCUCCCCGUCCUGGAGGGCCAGGCUCUGCAGCUGCUCUGCGAUGCUGACGGCAACCCCCCUGCACACCUGAGCUGGUUCCAGGGCUUCCCCGCCCUGAACGCCACCCCCAUCUCCAAUACCGGGGUCCUGGAGCUGCCUCAAGUAGGGUCUGCAGAAGAAGGAGAUUUCACCUGCCGUGCUCAGCAUCCUCUGGGCUCCCUGCAAAUCUCUCUGAGUCUCUUUGUGCAUUGGAAACCAGAAGGCAGGACUGGUGGUGUCCUGGGAGCAGUCUGGGGAGCUAGCAUCACAGCCCUGGUUUUCCUCUGUGUUUGCUUCAUCUUCAGAGUGAAGACUAGAAGGAAGAAAGCAGCCCAGCCAGUGCAAAACACGGAUGAUGUGAACCCCGUCAUGGUCUCAGGCUCCAGGGGUCAUCAGCACCAGUUCCAGACAGGCAUAGUUUCAGACCACCCUGCUGAGGCUGGCCCCAUCUCAGAAGAUGAGCAGGAGCUCCACUACGCUGCCCUACGCUUCCACAAGGUGCAACCUCAGGAACCAAAGGUCACCGACACUGAGUACUCAGAAAUCAAGAUACACAAGUGAGCGCUGCCCCAGGGACCAAGGGGAGGUGUGGGAAGAGCAGGAGCCAUGACACUGAAUUCUGGAUCCCUAUGCUGGGGGGACUUGAAUGAGUCAAGAGGUCCUGCAGUCAGCAGAGGCUGAGUUGUGAUGAAAAUUCCACAGGGGCCAAUGUUUAUCCAUGCCUGAUGCUGACCAAGAGUCCGGGGUCAGAGGUUCCUGCUAUUACUGUGGAGGUCUUAGGGGCUAAGCCUGCUCUCUCCAUCUCAGUCCCUUAGCAAGGCACAGGGAGGUGAGUCUGCUGCCCUCUGCACUGGGAUCCAGCCACACUCACGGGCUGUGGUCUCUUGACUCAGUGUCAGGUCCCACAGGAGGGAGGCGGCAACAGCAGCAGGCGUGGAGGCUGCAGACCCUGUCCAAAAUUCAUCUCACCAGUGAGUGUCCUCGGAGUCUCACCCUCCCACGUCCCACUGGACAUAUCCCCAAAGGUGACCUCCAGGCUGCUCUGCUCAGCAUGGCCAAAGUUGAGCCACGCAUCUUCCUCUCCAAACCCACUUCUCCCCCUGGGAUCCCCAUCCCACUGAUGACACAGAGGCUGCAUCUCUAAAGCAAGAACCAGGAUGUGGGUCUCCACCUUGACCCCCCUCCCUUCUCCAGAUCCCAUAAAUCAAUAGCUCUUGUUCCUCCUUCUCCUAAGAAGGGUUCAUCUUGGAGCCCUUUUCUCCAUCCUAGCCCUGGUUAUUCCUAGGACCUCACCUCUUUGCUGGUCACCGAACUCUCCUUGCCUCCUGCCUCCAUCUCUCCCCAACACAGACUCCAGGCUGUGCUUCCAGAUACCUCCACGUCCAGUGCCUCCAUGGUCUGAGUGGCCCUGCUUCCUCUCCAUUGCUGGAAAAUGAGGUGCAAAUGCAACAGCCUGGACUGAAGGCCGUGCACGGCCUGUCCCCUGCUGGACUCUGCUCCCAGAUGGUGUGCAAAUGGCCAAAAGCACAUGAGAAGAUGCUCAGCAUCAUUAGUCACUUGACAAUCACGAAACCAAACUGCAAAGGAAAUACUACUUCACACCCAUUCGGAGAGCUGUUAAAAAUCAAAAACAAACAAAACCAGGCAUACUUAAAUAUAUAAAUGCUUGGUAUGAUGAUGUUAAUAGUUACAACUAAGUAGUUAGUUGCUUACCACCUGCAUAUAAUGAAUAGUUUGGAUCUCAGAGAGGUAAGAAGAGGCCGGGCUUGGUGGCUCACACCUGUAAUCCCAGCACUUUUGGAGGCCAAGGUGGGCGGAUCUUUUGAGGUCAGGAGUUUGAGACCAGCCUGGCCAACAUGGUGAAACCCACAUCUCCACUAAGAAUACAAAAAUUAGCCAGGCAUGCUGGUGAGUGCCUGUAAUCCCAGCUACUGUGGAGGCUAACGCAGGAGAAACACUUGAACCAGGGAGGCAGAGGUUGCAGUGAGCCGAGAUCGCACCACUGCACUCCAGCCUGGGCAAGAGAGUGAGACUCAGUUGCAAAAAAAAAAAAAAGGUAGGAAGAGAGUCCUACUGUAUUGUUGACAUUUUCCUUUGUAUGACCAUUUGAAUAGGGCCUAACUAGGUAUUUUGGUAUGUGUAUAUAGAACCAUCACAAAUGUAACAGCUACAAGAACAGACAGAUACAAGUGUUUUGUAUUGCGUUUUGAAUAUCUUGAGUAGAGCAACCAUUGAUGACCUGUUUUUGAACUGGUUUGUAACUCUUUGUAAAAGUCUGAGUAAAACCAAACAUACUCUUCUCUUGAAAAAUAAGAAAGAAAUAUUACUUGUUUUCAAGGAUGUGGACAUAUGGAACCCCAUUUGCACUGCAUGUAAAAUGCUGUGACCCUGUGGAAAAUGCUUUUGGAUUCCCUCCAAAAGUUAAGCAUAGAAAAACCAUGCAAUUCAGCCAUUCCACUCCUAGACAUGUUCCCAAAGGAAUUGAAAGCCUGGUCUUAAACAGAUGUAUGUUAACGAAUGUUUAUAGCCACAUUAUUUACAGUAGCUAAAGGGUGGAAAAAACUCAAGCAUCCAAUGACUGAUGAAUGGAUCGAAAAAAGAUUCCAUAUGCAAAAAAUGGGAUAUUCUCUAGCCUUAAGAAAGGAAUGAAAAAAAAUCUGAUACAUGCUAUAACAUGGGUGAACCAUGAAACAACCUCUCAAGUGAAAAGACACACAAAAGUGACAAAUAGUGUAUGAUUCUGCUUGUGUAGCCUUAUCCAAUAUCAGCAAAUUCAUGGAGACGUACAGAAUGGUGGUUGCCAGAAACUAGUGGACAGGGUAGGAACAGGGAUUGAUGAUACCACUGGUGGAGAGUGUCUGUUUGGGAUGAUGAGAAAGUUUAAAAAAUGCAGUGGUGACAUUGCACAACACGAUGAAUGUGCUUAAUGCCAAUGAAUCGCACCCUACAGAAUGUUACAAAUUGCAAAUUAUGUGUUACAUAUAUUUUACCAAAAUAAA